AACGAAAGCGGGAGCAAAUCAACUAUAAAAAGAGACAUCAUUUAAAAAGUGAGCGAGGGGAGCGCAACGAUUUUCAAGCGGAGUGAUGUGGAAUUACUGUAUCUAAUAUUGCAAAAUUUUGGAUAGAAGGGCACAGAUUACUUUUGCAGAUUCUAUCAGCAACACAUUUUGAGUUGGUUGUGGGUAGUGUCGGGAUCGCCAUGCGGUAUCCAUGCACUCGAGAGUGUACGAUUAGUAUUCAUUACAACAAUAACUGCUUUUCCAGUAAGAUCAAUAAUGUCAGCAAGAACGUAGAGCGAGUACUUCUAGUCUUACCUACUGCAACCACUGCAAUAACGCUAAUCUGCGCAAAACGGCGGCUUAAUGAAUAUUAAUCAGGAAAAGUCCAGUAACGGAUUCCAGCAGCGACAUCCAGCACAGCAAUAUCCGCAAGCACAACACUAUCCGCUCCCACUACCGGCAACACUGCAGUCAGCGUCUGCUGCUGCCGCCGCCGCCAUUGCCACUGGUCCACAUUCGCUCUCGACGAGCUCACAGCUGCAAGACCUCGAGCUUGAAUAUCUGAAGAAGGCGCACGCUCACGCUCAAGCUCAUGCGCAAGCACAGGCCGCCGCACUGGUCUACAGCUACGAGCGCCAACAGCUACAACAUCAGCACCACCAACAACAAUUGCAGCAGCAACAACAAGCGCUUGUGCGGCGCUCAAGCUCCGAUCACGAACUGUCCAACAAACGGAACGCCCAUCAUCAUCAGCUUAAUACAACAACCACCUCCACAGCGUCAAUGGUUAUGUCACCGAGUCGCCGUCCGUCGCCACCCCGCGCAGCAGCUCAUCCCAUGAAUAUGCAUCUGAGUUCAUUGGCCCAUGCGCAGAUGCAACUUCAAUCCCAAUUGCAUCAGAAGCUUUCGGCAGCGGCCUCGGUUGGGAACAGUUUGACACCGCCAAAUCAUUUAAGCAAUUAUUUUCGCAAUCAGGCUUCUCCAGCUUGUGGUCUACCCCCACCACCGCCACCUCCAGCAACAUCCAACUCUAGCUCUAGCACAAUAAGCACGCAACAACAGCAUUCACCAGCCAGUUCGUCUUCCACCAGCGCGAGUACACCUGGUGGAAAUAUUCAGCAGACUGUAAAUAUGAGCUCAUCUCACAACCCGCAUAAUCCACUUAGCCACUUGCAAAGCAUGCAACCUUUCGAUUUUCGCAAAAUAAGUUCUGCGGCGUUUGGUACUUUGCCACCUCUGCCACCAGCGCGGAUGAGUCCAAAUGAGCUGGCGCAUCAUCAGCACCUGCAGCAGCAGGCAGCGCAGCAAGCGGCAAUGCUAGCCCAAGCGCGCCGACGUAUCAACGAAGCUUCCACUCCAUCCGAGAAGAACGCGGCAGUCGCUGCAGCUGCGGCUGCUGCAGCCCAAAGCAACCAGUUCUUCAACGCGAUGGCUAUGUCGGGACAUCCGCUGCCAUUUCCUCUACCGCCACCUCCACCACCACCGCCCACGCUCGGCCCACCCGGCACUUCCCCUACGGGUGUACCAACAGCAUCCAGCUUACCUCCGGGCCUGACUAGUAAUCAAGUAGCGGCGAUAGCUGCAGCGGCUGCAGCUUCUGGUAAUCCGAUGCCCCACAGUCUCCUGGCGUCACACUUUCCCACAAUCAAUCAUAACCUUAACAUAGGGAAGCAAGCUAUAAGAUCGAAAUCCCCAGAAACUGAAGAGACAAAGCUUUCUAUACAUCAGACCGAAAGUGGAAAUAUGGGACACUUACGCGAAGGGGCAGGCUCAUUGCACGCGCAACACCCACCUUCCCAUCGCCUCCAUCAUCACUCGGUUUCUCCACCCACUUCCAUUGGCUCUACAGCCAUCUCUAAUUCAUACCAAAGUCAGCAUCAUGAAUCUCGUCAAUCGCGAUCAAGUCACAUGGAUCAUUCAUCUUCUCAUUCCUCGCAGCGACUUACGCGAUUUUCCGCUGGUGUAAGCUUGCGCCCCGGACGGAAAUCUCAUUCGCCGGGCAAGCGUCAAUGGGGCACUUUACCAGCUAAUUUGGGCACACAGUUCAUUAAUCCGGUCACAGGCAAAAAACGCGUACAAUGCAACGUCUGCUUAAAGACAUUUUGUGACAAAGGUGCGCUGAAAAUCCAUUUUUCCGCGGUACAUUUGCGAGAGAUGCAUAAAUGCACAGUAGAUGGCUGUAGUAUGAUGUUCAGUUCUCGCCGAUCUAGGAAUCGCCACAGUGCCAAUCCGAAUCCAAAGCUACAUUCUCCACACCUCAGGCGUAAAAUAUCACCCCACGACGGGCGCACAGCUCAACCUCAUCCUUUGCUUUUACAACCACCGAACGGGCUAAUGGCGGGUCUCAAUCCAUUUGGUAGUUUUCCGCUACUCACACCACCGCCCGAUAUGAGACACCAUCAAAUGACUAGUAUGCACGAUAUUAAACAUGGAUCAGCUGACUUCAUGCACCGUUCAUACAUGGACAGCGCCAUGCUUGGGCGUUAUGACACACGCUCUCGUCAUCGACAAGGCAGUGAAGGUCAUUUGGAAGAUGAUGAAGACGAUAGCAUAUUAGAUGGUGGUAUUCAUAUAGGGGACGAUGACGACGAUGAUGACGAUGAUGAUGACGAAGGAGAGGGUAUUGUGGUGGUGGGGGAUGAAGGUGACAGUAUUUUAGAGAAAACUAAUUCAGAAGACUACAAUACUGAUGGUGGCGGAGACGAAGCUUCCGACAUAGGAGACAACAGCCACGAUAUGGAUCUCACUACACCUACGACUGACUACAAGCAUACCAAAGAACCAUCUUCCAAUAAGGUACCGAGCGGUGACUGCGAUGUCGAGUCGGGUGUGGCUGACCAGCAUAGCAGCGAAAGUAACGACGAUUCACUGAGUGUAACCGAUUCGUUCAGCAUGCGAGGUGAUUUCGAAAGUUCUACCUUUCCAGGCGUGGGUAGUGGAGGCAGCAGUAGUACUGCAAACACCCCUGGCUCCACAUCGAACAAACGCAAACGAAAAAGUCAGAACCCAGUUCGAUGUACCGUGCAAUCGGAUGAAAACUCCUGUGAUAACUCCAACGAAUACGAUGUAGCCGCCGAUUUGUCGCUGAAAAAAUCAGUUCCAAAAGCGAGUUCUGAGGCUGAGGAUAACGAAACAAAGGGUGACGAUUCUCAAGAUAAUGCAUCUUUAGAUUUGUCCAAACGAACUCGAAAAUCCGAGAGUCCAGGACCAACGGUGGCUAUUGCGAAUACCACCGAGAGUACAAAAGUUCUUCCGUCACCACCGCUGACACCAUCAACUUCAACUAGUGAACCCACGGCUUUGGCACGCUCACAUUUAUUUUCCAACACACAACUUAAAUCAGAACCGAUUGACGAAGAAUAUGAACGACAACAAGAUCUGCAGAAUGGAUCUGACACAAGCCAACCACAAGAGCAGGAACACUCAUUAGACUUAUCCGCCACACACAGAAGAAAGUCAGAAUAUUUGAUGGACACAGGUACUUUGAAUGCCACUUCUCCAGGUGAUAGUGAAAAACCACUGGCUUCGAUCAAACAGGAACUCGUCGAAGAACACCCUCUUGAAUCAGAAACAAAGAUAAAUCCAGACGAAAACGAAAAUAAAUUAUUAAGGAUAAAAAGUGAGCUGGUAGAAGAUGAGAGCAAAUUAGAAUGUCCAAUCAAAAAUAAUAAUAACAACAUCGUUCCGUCAAAUGAUGCAACAAAGUGUAGAGACAAGCCCGACAUUCCAAUGGUGCCGGUUGAGUCUCUCCCACAGCAAACCAGCGAUGAAACCAAUGGAGAUUUUUUGUCUGAAGAAGCUGAAGUGCCCAUCGACAAAGAUAACCCGCUUAAAUGCACGGCUUGUGGGGAGGUAUUCCAGAAUCACUUCCAUUUAAAAACCCACUACCAAAAUGUCCACUUGAAACUGCACCACAAAUGCAAUAUUGACGGUUGCAAUGCUGCCUUUCCUUCGAAACGAAGCCGGGACCGUCACAGCUCCAAUCUUAAUUUGCAUCGCAAAUUGUUAUCAACGGGCGACAAUCACCAUCACGACAACUUAGCCGAACAUAUGGCAGUGAACAAUAACAAAGGUUUCGGCAGUACUACCAAUCCAGCCUGUGGUAUACCGAAUUCAAUUCAAGCCGAAUUUUUGGCUCGACUCUAUGCCGGUUCUCACGGUUUGCCACCACUCAGCUUUGACGCACUGAAAUCACAUUUGCCGACGGUAAUGCCGCACGCUCAAAAUUUCCCAGACACAGCUUUUAUGGCUGAUCCGCGUCUACUCCUAAAUCACCCAACUAAUCCAUUGCUCUUCCCUGGACUAACGGGGCUUCCAGGCUUCACGCAUUUGGCACCUCAUCUACUGGCUGCGCCCUUCAAUGGCCUUAAUCCAUUCUGUCGACGCCCAUCAUCCGAUUCCCACUCACCACACUCCACACCACCACCAACUGUAGCGCGUUCACCGCGCUGUUCUCCACACAGCGGAGGACCACCACAUCCAAAAACCUUAUCCGAACGAUCCUACCAAGGCUCACCGACUGACUGCGAUUUCAGCGCAGAAUCACCGGCGGGGUCCGAAAAGGCGAACGCGAUACCAAUAAGUGCAAACGCAUCACAUUUGCACCAACCACCGCCGCAACGUCAGACGCCCGAAAGGAUCUCAUGACCAUAUGCAACGCGCUACGCGGAAAUGAUGGCUUACCGACACUGAUACAGUCGACGAUGUGAGUGGCCCAGCGGGGGAGUCGAGGAAUGACAGAGUCGUCGAUGCGUCCAAUGUAUUGAGGUGCAAUAUUGUAUACUAGUGAUCAAACAUACAAACACACACAAACCCAUAUGUACACAAAAAAAAACUGGCUCACGCGACGAGAAAAGCUCAUUAACUUAUUAUACAAGUAUUGUGUAUGUGAGAGUAAAUUUUAAUUUAGCAAAUAGCGAGUAUUGUACUGUAGUUUUAGAGCGAAAGAGAUAGUUGCGUUUAUCGGCCACAAUCGCAUGUAUAUUACCAAAAGUGGUGGCAAAUAUAAAUAAUGAAAUUAUGAAAUCGUGUAUUAACAAUUUAAGAGUUUAGAACGAAACAACAUAUGAUAGAUAUAAAGUAUUAAGGGAGUAGUACUCAAUAUUAAUAUUCGAUUUCGCGUAGAAAAAUUGAUGAUAAAGUAUUCUGGACCGUAAGGUGUGUAUGUGAAUGUGUGUGCAAUAGCAGGAAAGGCGGCGAGAAUUUUAAUUUAUUUUUGGUUAUUGAAGUGAAAAUUUGUAGGUUUGGUCUGAAGGCUUCUAAUAAAUUCUACACAAAUUGAAUGUAAGCCUUUUUUAAUUAAAAAAAAGAAGAAAGAUACU